AUGGUGCGUCCAGUCUCCCCCGGAUUCGUGUUAUGGGUCGGUUGGGUGGGUUUGGUUUGGACGGCCACCGGACCUCCGUUUCGGGAUUGGAAUCUGCCCAAGGCUCAUCUGGAGCGCAGUUGGGGUCACCGUGAUGCCUGUUGGGGGCAUGAGCCCGAUUGCUCCCAAUCGAUGGGGUUAGAUGAGAUUCAAUGUCAGCCCGAAUAUAGCCAUUUUCAUAAACGACCGGCCAAGUCGGUAUUUGAUGACCAAUCCGGAUUUGGAUAUCUGCGCAAGAUGCGAUCUAGCGUCCGUCCGUUGUGCCGAAGUGCAGGUCAUCCGGCAAGUUCUAAUCUGAACUGUUCAGAUCAAUUGACGUUUUGUCAAGGCCGGAAUUUGAUGAUCGAUUUUCGCCCCAUCAUGGAUAUUGGUCGGACGCUCCGCUACGAUAUGGAUGUGUUGAAAGAGGGUGGCAUCCAUGGUCGAUGUACUUUAAAUCGACUUUUUUUGCAGGAACAUUCGAAUCUCAUGUCGCCUUUGCAGUCUUGGGCCCCGGAAGUUCGAUACUUUCAGACGGAUAAAGUGUUCUUUAAUGGGACGGACAGCCGAAUGUGCGACGUGUAUGUAGAACGACCCACGAUCCUGAUGAAACUCGAUGCCACCGUCAAUAUGUAUCAUCAUUUCUGCGACUUCUUCAAUCUCUAUCUAUCGCUCCAUCUAAAUGGGUCGGACCGAAUGUCCCCGGAGGCAUUUUCUACCGACAUAAACAUUCUCAUCUGGGAAAACAUCGAUUACCACUCCUCAUUUCGCCCGACGUUUCAGGCGUUUACGCAACACCCUUUGCUGGACUUGCGCUCGUUUGGCGCCCAAAGGGUUUGCUUCCGAAAAUUGAUGCUCCCGGCUUUGCCACGCUUGAUUUUUGGGCUCUAUUACAACACUCCAAUAAUUCAGGGAUGCCGGAAUUCGGCUCUCUUUCGGGCGUUUUCCGAAUUUAUUCUCCAUCGUCUUCGCAUCCCGGAACGAGUCGAAACGGACUCUCGCCAGCUCCGAGUGACCCUCUUGUCCCGCCUCACCAAACACCGUCGGAUCAUUAAUCAAGAGCAAUUAGUUGCGGCAUUGAAUCGCGAAACAGGAUAUCAUGUGGAGGUGGCCUAUUUCACUCAUAAAAAUCCGUUUGAGCAACAACUUCGAACCAUCCACUCGACAGAUAUCUUGAUCGGUCUCCACGGGGCAGGAUUGACACACAUGUUUUUCUUGCCCCCAUGGGCCACUGUGUUCGAAUUGUACAACUGUGAAGACGCGGGUUGUUAUCAAGAUCUGACCCAUUUGUGUGGUUUGAAUUAUAUCACGUGGACGAAUCGCACCGCGCUCUUUCCUCAGUCUGAAGAUCCGAAUUUAGAUAGCGAACACAAGGGUCAACCCAAGUUCAAUAACUAUGCUUUUGACCCUCUGGAGUUCGUGAGAAAAGUCAAUGAAGCCGGCCAACUAGUCAGAAACCACCCUCAAUUCCAACACUUGGACCCUCGUUUCCAUUCACGAGACGAGCUCUAGACGAUUGUUGAAUACUUCGAAUCUCUUGUUAACCCAUCUGCAAUAACCACAAUCCUCAAUUAAUCAAAACCUUAGUACUAAUCAGCUGUGAUAUAUCUUUGUUUACAUAAUGGUCUCACGAAACACUAACUAUCUCACCCGAAACUCAUUGAUGUGCAAAACCAAUCAACUGAUUAAACCAAAAAAAGCCCUUUCAUUUGUUAACAAACAUGUUCAGUAAUGUCAUCGAAUCGAUGAUUGUUAUUACUCUAUUACA